AUGUGGAGAGUGGCUCUUGAAGCAGGGCAGUUUUCAGAUUUUGAUAGCUUGCUCAGCUUAUUCAGCUUUGAAAUGCAUCUCUCUGCACUUGAAACACUAGACCAGAAAGUGUUUCAAAGGAUAGGAGAAGUCCUUAAAAAUAAGACUGUUCAUCUUUUUCUGCAUGUAAAUGAAGAAGUCAUAACCAGAUCUUUGCAGAAGGCAAUUUUUGAGAGUUUACCCAAUAUUGCAACCAUUAGGAUUUCCCCCCAUCAAUUUAAAGUAGCUAUAGAAACAGAGCUCUAUCUUCAAGGAGCUAUUUAUGAGAUGAAGACAGGUCAACGAUGUGUAAGGAAUCUGCUGUCUGUUUUCAGCAAUAAUCAAAGCGAAAACCUUGAUGAGCAGUAUAAAUUCUUGCUGAAACUGCAUGAACAUGCCAAGAACAUGGAUGUUCUUCCAGUUUUGCAACCUGUUUUCCAUGCAUUGCCACCUACAUGGGUUGCACAGCCUUCAAACCCAUCAAUGUCACUACUCCUCCAAACCAUGGAUGUUCUAAAUUUAAAGAAGCCCGCUGAACUAGAUCAUGUCACAUAUGAGCUGAGUGAACUUAAAAGAAUUCUUCAAUGUAUGCCUUACAUUACACAAAUUAGGUUCAGUGUUGCUCUCAGACAGCCCAAAGACAUCCACAAAAUUGUGAAGAUUGUUGUUGAUCUUUUCAUUCUUGCAUCGGAAAGUGGAGAGGAAAAACUAAAAAGCCUUUCUACAGCAUGCAGUUACUCCACAUUUCCGUUUGCUGAAGACAGCAAAGACAUACAGAGCUUUUUCCUUUUGGAUCUCUUCAGCCAGCUGAAGGACAGUUCAUCAAAGACAGCACUACAAGCAUUGAAGCCCAUUCUUCAGGUUGCCCCUGCUGUAUGGACAUUGGAUUUACAAAAACUAGAGAAGACUCCUGCUCUUACUGAAUUACUGAAGCUUCAGGCUGUCACAAAAACUGUGGAGCUCACAAGCUGGUCAUGUGAAAGAGAAAAACUUAGGAGUUUCCUAAAUUGUUUACCCUAUAUUUCACACCUUUGCUGCGAUGAGCAGUUUUUCCAGUCUGUGUGUGAAGUCCUUUCAGCAGACAGAGAAUGGAAUCCAAAGCAGAUUGCUGAGCUUCUAAGAUCC